CGGCCGCGGAGCCGCCCGCCGCGUCGCGAGGCCGCAGGGAGCCGCCCAGCAGCCGUCAUGAAGGCCGUGGUGCAGCGCGUCACCCGGGCCAGCGUCACAGUUGGUGGAGAGCAGAUAAGUGCCAUUGGACGGGGCAUCUGUGUGCUGCUGGGUAUUUCUCUGGAAGAUACGCAGAAAGAAUUGGAGCACAUGGUUCGAAAGAUUUUAAACCUACGUGUGUUCGAGGACGAGAAUGGGAAGCACUGGUCAAAGAGUGUGAUGGACAAACAGUACGAGGUGCUGUGCAUCAGCCAGUUCACCCUUCAGUGCGUCCUCAAGGGAAACAAGCCAGACUUCCACCUGGCCAUGCCCACGGACCAGGCUGAGGGCUUCUACAACGGCUUCCUGGAGCAGCUGCGCAAAAUGUACAGGCCAGAGCUUGUCAAAGAUGGCAAGUUUGGUGCCUACAUGCAAGUCCACAUCCAGAAUGACGGGCCUGUGACCAUAGAACUGGAGUCUCCGGCCGCCGGCACUGCCACCUCCGAUCCGAAGCAGGUUCCACGUGCUGGGGCCGUGAGAGACGAUUGUUCUGCGUCUAGAAAGCUGUCAAAGCUUGAAAAACAGCAGCAGAGGAAAGAGAAGACCAGAGCCAAGGGGCCUUCUGAAUCCAGCAAAGAGCGAAACACUCCUCGCAAAGAAGAGCGCAGUGCCAGCAGCGGGGCCGAGGGAGACGUGUCUUCUGAGCGGGAGCCAUAGAGUUGGAGACGGAGGCCACAGUGCAUUAUCAUUGGUCAGAACUGGAUCCUGAAAAAUUUAUGAAAGACGUUAAGUACCUCCUCGGCUUUAAGGCUUUGGAACUGAAACAUGAAAAGGAAGACAGAAAUAAGAAUUUGGGAACCUGAGUAGCCCUACAAAAAAAAAACAACCAAAGGAACGAUACCAAUUUCUGUAGUUGUGCUCUGACGUGGGAAGCGUGUCCUGCCAUUCCAGGGGAGUGUGCCCCAUUUGGUCUUUCCCAGUUCCAAACAGGCGAAACGCACAUGGCAGCAGGGCAUAUAUACACAUGCCUUUCUCCCAAGAAGGGCUUUGCUGGUUUCUAAAAUGUCUUGGCUUGCUUUUGGAACAGGCUGGUCCAACAUCACCUGUCACUGAGUCCUCCUUUCACACUGUGAUGUGUUUCUGUGUGUCCAGGAUGCAGGAUGAGUCUCAGACACAUUCAUGCUGUUGUUAGUGUUCACAACACUGGUUCAUAGUCGUGAUAAUGUCUUGUGUGAGACCUCUGCAUCUUGUAAAUUUUCCUUUUUCUAAUAAGAAAUAAUAAAACCCCAGACCUCAACAAACUGCUUUGUUAAACAAAUCCUACUGUGUUUUUGCUUAAUGAUGUCUAUAAAAAAAGGCUGUAUGUGUGACCCCUCUCUGUGUGUAUCUACACUUCUUUUCAAAUAACCCUCUUGCAAGAGGCCUUCUCUGAGCAGUCCACACAGGUCUCCAGUUCCAUAGUGAGAGCCCACCUAUGGUAAUUUACAGUUGAUAGUUUUUUACUUGGAAAUGCAAUGGCAGGAAAGAGGAGAGGAGAUGGGAAAAAAAAUCCAGUUUCAAUCCAGAGUGGCCAGAUGUCUGAGACCAGGUCAUCAAGUGUGGCUGCCAUGUUGCUAUAUCCAUUUUUGGGAGGUGGGAGAAAGGUUUCAGCAUAUUGGAUUGUAUGGCUUCUCCUUUUCUAGGCGCUACGUGGUUGUCCAUAUUUCCAAGCCAGGAUCCCCACAGUUAUGUGAGAAAGAACCCAGUUCUGCCCAAAUAGUUUCUCAUUUAAAUUUUAAUUUACUAAUAAAACAUCAAUAGGAGUCAUUUUUGACAUUAUGGAAUGUCUUUAUGAAUGCUUAUAUAAAUACUUACCACUCUAAAGUGUUUAUUUCUUAACUACAGAAGAGACCAUCCUUAUCUGGCAUCUUUGUAAUGCUGAAGCUCUAUGUGUGACCUUUAUAAUAACAUUUGAGUCCCUCUAGUAUGACACAGUUGUCUACUUCAAGUGAAAAUGUGGAGAAAGGAAAAAAAAGCUCAAAUCAUGUCUCCAGUGUAUGUUCAAAUACUUGGAAUAUGGAGCUGGAAAGUGUUUGCCAGGUUGUUUUAUUCUGAACCAAUAUGGGCAGUCCAGUGUAUUCCACGAUCAUUUAAACUUCUAGAUGCAGAAUCAUUACACCCCAGAGUGCAAAUCCCUGGUAAGCUCUCCCAGCUCUGUGGGCUGCGAUGUCCCAGAGCACUCCUCUUUGAGUCAGCUAUGAAGUGUUUUACAAAGCAAAUUGAAAUUCACAGUAAAGCUGGCUGAAUCUACGCUUUUGUCAACUCACCUGCAGGGUUGUGGGCUUGCUAAAGGGAUUUUCAUGUGUUCCCCUGCCAUGACAUGUUAUCGCCACCAAUUUAUGUCUAUAAAGCAGCUGCAGCCUGUCCUUGUGGUAAUGGAUAAAUAAGGAAUGCAUAGAGAGAAGAGCUAGUGUGCUUGACACAUAGGCAGUUGGUAAAGAAUAACGACUCUUGUCGUCUGCGGCCCAGUUCCUGGAUCCCCUCAACACAGAUUGGAGGGUGAGCAGAUGAUGUGGUCGAGUUGCUGAGAGACUGAACCAAAAAGGAAGAAGAGCUGAAGGAUUUGUGGCUAUUUAGUCUGGAAAACAAAAAACAACCCCAAACUUCCUCUGGAUAUUUGAAAAGGAUGGACACAGCACUGGGUCAAGGGACAAAAAUAUGAGAAUGGCAAUAAUUGCAUAAACAUAGAUGCUGGCUUGAUUUAAGGUAAAGCUUUUCAACAGUCAACUCUACUCAAAAAAUGUAUGAUGAUUUUGAGAGCUUUCAGUCACCAGAAGUGUUUGAGCAGUAGGCAGGGAACAUGGUAUCAGAAAACAUUUGCUACUUCUGUAGCAUUGGGUUGAAGGAAGCGUUUCCAUCAUGCUGAAGACAUUUUCAACUCCUAGGAACAGAGAAAUACACCGUGUGUACACCCAAGAAUGGCUCAAGGGAGCAGCGAGGCCAGAUCUCACCAUGGGACAAGGUUAAAGAAAAAAAAGUUAAAGAAGAAAUCCCAUGACAUCCACAGCUGCAUCAAAAAGGGGCUUGGUCCCUUUCUCGCCUUUGUUCACUGCCCUUCCAAAAGUUAACAUCCAACUAUCACUGUGCUAGCAAUGGCUAAAGUUAGAUUUUGGGUGCAGUUCUACUUGCAGAGUAUGAAACCAUCAGUCUUUCCAUCCCUCCUAACACCUCCAAUGCCUGCUUCCUUCUUAUUUUUAAAGCUUGCUGUUUAUCGUCCAUUAAAACAUCAUUCUAGCGAGGAUGGGAGAGGAGACCGUGCCAUGUAUGGCUUUUCUGAGAAGCUUUAGCCGACUGCAGGUCCAGUACUUUAAAUAGAGCACUGUGCUGAUAGCACUGGGCGAAGGGGCCGUUUAAUCUUGCCUUUUGUGGUUUACUUUAUGGGAGACCAGGCUCUUGUGGCUGCAUGAAACACAGACCAAAUAAAGGCAUCUUCUGGAGCUGGGCACGCCAUAGCUUUGCCUCACAGUGGGUGGUCCUGGGGAAGGCAGGUUUCUCCCCUAACCUGCAUCCUGACUCUCUGAUGAGCGCUGACUUGCACACAGAGAAUUUGCUGUUUCAUUGAUUUGGUCAUAAGGAACAGAUAGUUCUUAGUUCCACAAACACCUUCUUUCCUCUGACCUGGGAUCAUUUUAAUAACUCCAAGGCCAGAGAGGUGAUGUUUUCUGUCAAACUGGUUUGCCCUUUUUCCACCAGGCACUUUGAGAACAUUCAGCUUGCAGUUCAUGGCUGAUCUGGGUCCUUUAGAAAUAGAGUCAACCUCAUCUCAGAAGUCAUGCAGUUACAGGAGAAGGAGGGCCUCCUACGACAAACCUGGAAAAGAAGAACACUCCCAAAAGAGCCCAUCUUGCACAGAAGCAACUGCAUUUCUGUUCAUUCCUGGUAUGAACACUGGUGUGUUAUGUUUUUAGAGGUUCUGGAAAACAUUCUUAAAUUUCUUAAGAGCUCUUUAAGAUAACUUUUCUUGGUUUUGGAUCUUGUCUGAGGGGUUGGUGAGUUAGGGUCAUAGUCGCUGAGCAAGAAUGUAUCACCUGAGAGUAGCCCACUUCCACCCACCAGAAGGGAGAUUGGCUUAGAGCCAGUUUUGAGACCAAGAAGGCAGUGCCCAGAGAAAGCUGAGAUCUAAAGGAAGAGGUGGAUUGGCCAGGUGAAAGCUGUGGAUGAUGGAAGAGGGAGGAACAGCAGGUGCAGCUGUGUGCAGAUGUGACAGAAGGGAGGUUCCAAAAUUGCCAGCAGGUCGUUAGGGCUGGAUUUGGGGAGAGGGAAUGGGGAGCACAUGUAGGUCAUGGGAAGAAGCCAGACCUAAGAGGUCUGGAAAGUCUAAAUUUAGGCUGUAUUGCACCCCUCUCUCUUGUCUUCUCCAGGUCUGUUUCCUCAGUGGUUUCUCAUGUAACAAGGCUGAGAGAGUGAUGGACAUGGCUUUGCCAAUGUGUGGUCAGUGCCAAGGCCCUCUGUUUGAAUGGUGGGGUCAUGGCUCUUGGCAGGCCAAGACUUGGGGUGGAAGCCCAGCUGUGCCAUUUACUUGCUGUAUGACCUGUGUUUAUUUCCCUUUCUAAACUUCUGUGAAAUGGGGGCAGUAACAACUAUUUCAGGGGUGGUUGCAGAGGUUAAAGGAAAAGAUCUCACACUAGCCCGGCCCAUGGCACUGCCUAGGACGCCACUCACUGUUGGGCUCACGCAGCUGGAUGCAGCAUUAGAGCUUUCUCCUGGCAUCACAUCCUUGCCUCACAUGGAGCCUGUAGGUAAGAAAACCCAGGUUUAUUCCAUGUAGACCUCCAUCAGGCCAGGGAGGAGCCCAAAGGAAGAACUUAACCUAUUCCCUUAGCCUGUGGUUCUGGCCUGUUGGAGUAUUUCAGAUGCCAUGUCAGCCAUUCCCCCCAGCUCUGUGUCAUCUCAGACAUGCCUUCUGUGUUUUCAUCUAGGUCUUGGUAAGCACAGCACCAGGGUAGAGAUGUCACUCCAUUAGAAACCUCCUACAAUGCUCAUUCAUCCCACUUUCCUCUUUCCCAUGUUGCCCAUUCUUGCUGAGAUUAAGCUAUACUCUUCACAGGUUUUUCCGGUGAUUAAUCCAAUGAUCCUGUCAGAAAAAAAAAAAAAUAGGAUGGCACAGUGCAUUAUUUGUGAACUCGUGCUGGUUU